GUGAUUCGUCCUAGAACUUCACUCCACCCAAAGAGGAGCGGUAAUAUAAAAUUCCCGCCAAGAUCAGACCCCCAGAUCGCCGGCGACUGCUGGUCCGCUACCAAUGGCGGCCGUCCCGAGCUCGAGCUGAGAAUCCAGCAGCAAGAGAGGAGACAGUGCGGAGGCCUCGGACGGAUGGGUCCAGCGGCACGGGAGCGGCGGCGGACGCUGCUGCUAGUGAACCUCGCGUCCAUCAUGGAGCGCGCCGACGAGGCGCUCCUGCCGGCGGUGUACCGGGAGGUCGGCGCCGCGCUGCACGCCACGCCCGCGGGGCUCGGCGCCCUCACGCUGUGCCGCUCCAUCGUGCAGGCUGUCUGCUACCCGCUCGCCGCGUACGCCGCCGCGCGCCACAACCGCGCCCACGUCAUAGCCGUCGGCGCCUUCCUCUGGGCCGCCGCCACGUUCCUCGUCGGCGUCUCCGACACCUUCCUACAGGUUGCAAUCUCGCGGGGUCUGAACGGCAUUGGCCUAGCUCUGGUGGUGCCAUCGAUCCUGUCGCUGGUCGCCGACUCCACCGACGAAGACACGCGCGGCUCGGCGUUCGGGUGGCUGCAGCUCGCCAGCAGCCUCGGCUUCAUCUCCGGGGGCUUCGUGGGCCUGCUGUUGGCGCAGACCACGGUCCUCGGGAUCGCCGGCUGGCGUGUCGCGUUCCAUCUCGUGGCGGCCAUCAGCGUCGCCGUCGGAGCCCUGACCUGGUUCCUCGCCGUGGACCCGCAUUUCCCGACGGGCGAGGGCGGUGGUAGGCAGGCCGGCAAGCGGCCGGCGUCCGCACGGGAGGUGCUCGCGGAGAUGGUCGAGGAUGCCAAGCUCGUGGUGCGGAUCCCGACGUUCCAGAUCUUCGUGGCGCAGGGUGUCAGCGGCUCGUUCCCGUGGUCGGCGCUCUCGUUCGCGUCCAUGUGGCUCGAGCUCAUCGGCUUCAGCCACGGCGACACCGCCGUCCUCAUGACCAUCUUCUGGGUGGCAAGCUCCCUCGGCGGCCUGCUCGGGGGGAAGAUGGGCGACUUCCUCGCCGUGAGGUACCCCGACGCCGGCAGGAUCGUGCUGUCGCAGAUCAGCGCCGGCUCGGCCGUGCCGUUAGCCACCGUGCUGCUCCUGGGUCUCCCCGAGGACCCGUCCGCCGGCGUCGCCUACGGCGUCGUCCUGUUCGUCAUGGGCGUCUUCAUCUCCUGGAACGGCCCCGCCACAAACCUGCCUAUCAUGGCGGAGAUCGUUCCAGAGAAAUCAAGAACGAACAUCUACGCGCUCGACGGGACCUUCGAGUCAGUGCUUUCAUCCUUCGCGCCUGCAAUCGUCGGCCUCCUAGCGCAACGCGUAUUCGGGUACAAGCCGGACGACAAGGGGAGGAGUGUUCAACGGGAUCGGGAGAACGCCGAGUCCCUAGCAAAGGCGUUGUACACGUCCAUAGCAAUACCGUUCACGGUCUGCACCUCCAUAUACUCGUUCCUGUACUGCAGCUAUCCCCGGGAUAGGGACCGUGCGCGCAGGCAGUCCCUAGCCGUUUCGGAGUUGCAGCAGAUGGGGCACGGAAGCUCGUGUCCUCAAGAUGGAGAUGGUAAUGGAGGUCCCGGUGGCGAAAGAGUUGUAACUGGUGUUACCUGUAACCAUAAAGAGCUGCUUGAGGCCGAGAUGGAUAUUGUGAGAUUAUUGGAUCAUGAUUGGAAACGAGGAGCUAAAACUUGAGAUUUUUUUUUGACAAUUUUGGUAAGUCGAUGAAAAUCAUGUAGCGUCCGUAUUGCAUAGUACUCCCUCCGUCCCAAUUCAAAAA